UCCGCUUGUGUCAAAGACUUGGAUGUAGUUGUAACAUAAACUCGAUUUGAUUGUUUUGUCGUUGUUUUAUUGCAUUUCAGAAGUUUAUACAAAUUUAACGAUGUUCGGGGAAGCGUUCAAGAAUUUCAAGAUAAAUUUUAACGCGUUAAACGAGAAAGGUACUUUCUCAAGCGGCGACCCGAUUACCGGUCAGAUAUCGUUCGAGCUGACGAAGAUGACGAAGAUCACGUCGAUAACGUUGACGCUGGUGGGCAAAGCCAAGGUCCACUGGGCAGUUAGGCGAGGGGGUCGGAAACAGCGGAGAACGCAGCACUUUCGUGCGAAGUUGGAGUUUUUCAACGUGCAAAUCGUCAUCCUGCGGGAAAACGGAGCAAUUCAUGCUCCAGUAAAACUUCGACCAGGGAGGCAUGUGUAUCAGUUUACAUGCCAAAUUCCUCAUGGAGAUUUCCCUACCUCCUUCCAGGGGGUGCACGGUCGGGUAAUGUACUCUUUGGUGGUGUGUAUCGACAGACCGUGGCACUUGACAAAGAACUUUGAGACUGCGUUAAACUUUGUAUGCCGCCAUGCUGUUAAUGCAGAGCUUCUGGCUCCCUUAGAAGGAUCAAAUAGUAUGUCAACUUGCUCUCUGUGGUGUGCCUCAGGUUUUAUCAAAAUGAACGUCAAGACGCAGAAGAAAUUAUUCAACCCGGGGGAUACCGUCAAAGUCAUGUGCUGGUUCAGCAAUACAUCAUCUUGGACAGCAACUCCAAAGGUACGCCUCAUUCAGAAACAGGUUGUAUACACCGAAAACAAGGUGCAUAAGAGGGAGAUUUCAAAUAUCAUGGUGUCACAGACUGGGCAGCCUGUCACUUCUCACACCUCUGAUGUGUACUGCGAGAUCAUGGUCACGAUCCCUCCCACGGCACCAUUCACAAUCUCCAACUGCAGCAUCCUGGAAGUUGAUUACAUUAUUAAGCUUUAUCGUAGUUAUACUGUUACCGGGGAAAUGGACAUGAACAUGCUCCUCGGCCAUGAAAUGCUGCAGUGUGACUUCUUCUCCUCUCCUCGUGGAGCUGUACCGCACACCCGCAGAGAUAGCCAAACCGUUGCCAGAGGCUGCCACGUCUACCCAUUCACAUUCCAGAUCCCUGCACACAAUCUGCCGCCUUCCUUUAAAGGCACCGCGGGGAAAAUCCAGUAUACAUUGGAGGCAAUCCUGUGUAGACCUAUGAGACCAAACAGCAAAGCAAAGGCUCCGUUCACCCUCAUCUCCAAAACAAACGUGAACUCUUCUUCAGAGCUGUGGGAACAGACGCCACAACAUGAUAUCAAAGAAAAGAAAAUGAACUUCUUCACUUCAGGAUCAGUGUCCAUGGAUGUACAUAUUGACCGAACGGCCUUCUACCAAGGAGAGGGGAUCAAGGUUAUGGCUUCAAUCCUGAACAGCUCGUCCCGUGAGAUUAGGCCCAAGUACUGUGUUUACAGAAAGCAUAGUUUUUUUGCAGAAAACAAGAGAAAAGUCAACACUGAAGAUCUCAUUAAAGAGGUUGGGGAACCCAUCCCACCUUCUUCAAGUCAGACUGUCACCAGAAUCAUCACCAUCCCUCCCUCACUAGGCGUGUCCAUCUUAAACUGCAAGCUCAUCAAAGCAGAGUACAGGCUCAGGGUGUAUCUGGAUGUCAAGUAUGCUCGAGAUCCAGUGAUCAAGUUCCCGAUUGUCAUCCUGCCUGCCCCACAGGAGCCUGAUGUGGAGCAACGCCCUGCUUAUGGCGGCUUUGGAUUUGAGGCAUUUGGAAACCCCAGCCAGUAAGACUGGAACAGCCCUUUACAAAAUCCAACUGCCUUUCAACCCCCUGCUCCCCCUUCACCCUAUGGGAUGUAUGGAACGCACCCCUCCUUGUCUGGUUUUGAUGGAAAGUCCUUUUAGCUGAAAUGUGGUGGAUUAAUUUACCCCCCCACCCCUCCUUUUCUCCCCAAUUGCACCCGGCCAAUCACCCCACUCUUCCGGGCCGUCCCGGUCACUGCUCCACCCCCUCUGUCAAUCUGGGGAGGGAUGCAGACUACCACAUGACUCCUCCGAUCCAUGUGGAAUUGCCAGCCGCUUCUUUUCACCUGACAGUGAGGAGUUUUGCCAGGGGAAUGUAGCGCAUGGGAGGAUCACGCUAUUCACCCCAGUUCCCCCUCCCCGUUGAACAGGUACCCCAACCGACCAGAGGAGGCGCUAGUGCAGCGAC